GUAAGGAAAAGAAGAGAAAAAAAAACUUGAGCAUUUAAAUACAAAACAGCAAAACAGAGCAAAACAAUCCAUCCAUGGAAGCUUCUGUUUAUCGAUUUUUCCUACUCUUCUUCUUGUGUUUAUAUGGUCUUCCUCAAACAAAAUCUCAGCCAUUCAUUGGAGUAAACUAUGGCCAAACGGCCGACAAUCUUCCUCCACCGUCAGCCACCGCAAAGCUCCUGCGGUCCACAACUAUCCAAAAAGUCCGUCUUUACGGAUCUGACCCCGCGAUAAUCAAGGCCCUAGCAAACACUGGUAUCGAGAUCGUCAUCGGAACAGGCGAUGUACCCGGUUUAGCAUCCGACCCCAGUUUCGCUCGGAGCUGGGUGGAAACCAACGUGGUCCCUUAUUACCCGGCGAGCAAGAUCACUCUCAUCGACGUCGGAAACGAGGCAACAACCUUUGGCGACCGCAAUUUCAUGUUGCAGCUCUUGCCGGCUAUGAAAAAUGUCCAAAGUGCACUCGAGGCAGCCUCUCUCGGUGGCAAAAUUAAGGUAUCAACAGUACACACAAUGUCGAUUCUGAGCCAGUCCGACCCUCCUUCGGCCGGGGUAUUUGCUGCCGACCAUGCUGAUAUAUUGAAAGGGUUGCUAGAGUUUAAUAGGGAGACGGGGUCGCCUUUUGCGGUUAACCCGUACCCGUUUUUCGCUUACCAGAGCGAUCCUAGACCCGAGACAUUGGCCUUUUGCUUGUUUCAGCCUAAUCCUGGCCGUGUUGACGCAAACAGCAAGAUCAAGUAUAUGAAUAUGUUCGAUGCUCAGGUUGAUGCGGUGUAUUCAGCUCUUAGCUCGUUUGGGUUCAAGGACGUAGAGAUAGUGGUGGCUGAGACUGGGUGGCCAUACAAGGGAGACCCGGACGAGGUUGGUACGACAAUUGAGAACGCUAAAGCUUACAAUAAAAAUCUUAUCGCACAUUUGAAAUCAAUGGCCGGAACACCGCUGAUGCCUGGGAAAGUGAUCGAGACAUACUUGUUCGCAUUGUACGACGAGAAUCUCAAGCCCGGGAAAGGAUCUGAACGAGCCUUCGGUUUGUUCAAACCUGAUGUAACCAUGACUUACGAUAUCGGUCUCACCAAAACUACCAACCAAACUUCCAUGGCUCCACAGUCGCCAAUGCCACGUCUCCCACCAGCUGCAGCCCCGACGAGUCAAACCAUACCUGCUCCCCCGCAGAUGAUCCUCCCUUCACCUACUUCUCCUUCCGACAAAAAUUCUGGACAAACCGAUGUUCAUAAUUCUACUCCACGCUCUGCUUCUCUAGCUCACUUAUGUUCUUCUCUUUCUGUUCCGUCCAUGAUGUUGUUUGUUUCGGUUAUGUAUGCAUUGAUCAUGUAAACAUUGUGGAGUAUUUUCAUCCAUUUUUAAGUUGAA